AUGGCAGCUGCAGCGUCGGGAUUGGGUGGAGCAGGAUCAGCGGUUGUGGCGCUUGGUGGGGGCGGGGGUGGCAGCGGCAGCGGCAGUGGCAGUGGCAGCCAAAGCGUGGUGGACCUCUCGCUGGAUCUGCUUCGACGUUUGCCUCCCUCUGACAUCUCCCACAACUUGUCCAAAUUGCUGUCCACCUGUCCCAAUUCGCUCUCGGAGGAUCUCAUCGGCUCGGUGGAUGAGCCGCCGGUGGUCAAGGUGGAUGACAGUCCAGAAGGUGCGGGCAGGGAGUUUCUGGCUUGCGAUUACAAUCGGGAUGGCGACUCUUGGCGCAGUCCGUGGAGCAAUAGAUUCUUGCCAGAGGAGCUGGAGGAUGGCACUCGACCCAGUCAACGUCUAAGGCAGCUGGAAGAGAAGGCCAUGGAAGCAUUCAGCACGUACAGGCAGCUGUAUUACGAGUCUGGCAUCUCCUCUUGCUACUUUUGGGAUCUGGACGACUCAAACUUUGCGGGCGCCAUCGUCAUCAGAUCUCAGCUCUCUGCAGGCAGGGUGCAGGGUUCGUGGAAUUCGCUGCACGUGUUCGAAGCGACGGAAUUGGGCGUCAAGAGCGUGAGCUACAAGUUGACCAGCACCGUCAUGCUCAGCUUCGACGUCAAGCAGCAGCAGCAGCAGCAGAAGGGCGACAAGGAAGGCAGCGCAGCGGUUGGGGACGGGAGUGGGAAUGGCAAGGAACAGCAAAAGAAGGGCAACAUGAACUUGAGCGGAAGCCUGACCAGGCAGUCGGAAGAGAAGUUGCCCCUUCCGGAUUACGCAUCGCACAUUGCCAACCUGGGCAAGAUGGUAGAGGAGAUGGAAGCGAAGCAGAGAAAUCUAUUGCAGACCGUCUACUUCGGCAAGACUCUCGACGUGCUCAACUCUGUUCGAAGUCCGGAGUCUCUAGACGCGAAGCGCAAAGAGAGGGAGCUACAAAAGGAGCUCAUGGGACUGUGGAAGAGGCCUGGAGUGGAAUCGUGA